CUGCUGGCAAUAUCUUCUCAGCCACAGACGCGACUAUAGUCAGUGGCCGGGACCAGACUACCCAAAGCCACAGACUUGUUUUAGGGGCUAAAUGCCCUUUACACUGGAUUGGUUUCCUCCACAAGAAUUCCUGGCGCAGCGCUGGUGCAGGAGAAGCUGACAGUAUUUUUAAACCCAGCCUUAGCAAUCGCCGGCAAAGGACCGGCACCAAGGAUUGUGAGGGUAUUUGAGGUCCAGAACCCAACCACAACAUAGACAUCAGGGUAGCCUAAAAGUAACCUUGGAUGUUGCCUGAACUUUGCAAACCCCCUCUCCACGACGGUCUAAGAAUUAAUUAUAGUAACUGAAGGACUGCACGCACCUCCAACCCUAGAGACAGACAUUCUACGGCGCAGCUAUCAAGACGAAUAGCACCCCAAGCAUGGUACACAAGACUUCAAAGAACACAAAGCAGCCAGUAAGAUUACACCGUGUAAUGCUGUGUGAUAGAAAGCUGCCCCCCUCUUUACACUAACAGGAUAUCACUCAGGCACAGCUUUGCCUGCUUGCAGUACUUGAUAAGCUGCACAUGUUUUCAGGGGAGGGACCUGAUCUUACCUUACCCCAGCUGCAGACUUCUCACGGCGGAUGGAGCCUUACAAUGUGAAUCGAACAGACAAUCCACAAAAUCCAGGGGCUUCAACAAUCUUAGAUAUUUCCUAUGUGCUGUAAAUAUUGGGAAAGCAGGAAAAGAGAAGCCUGGUGAAAUUAAAAUGCCAUCCAAAGGGAAGUAUUUUAUUAAUGACAAUGAAGACUGGAUGAUUAGCCCUUCGCUUUAUGAAAAGUACCAGUGCAUUAGCCAACAUUACCCCCUGCUGCUCAUCUUACUCUUUGUGGUGGGGGCAUCUUGUGUAACUCUGAUUGUCCUCUUCUUCACAUUCAGUCAAGAGCCUUUUAGACACCUAGCAUUUAUAAUCACAGUAUUCGUUGCCCUGGUAGUAUUCUGUGCUCUGUAUAUCUUGGUGUAUACAGAAUCAUUUGUUCAAAAAUGGCUGCGUGUGUUUUCCCUUGUGAUCUACAUAUGCCUCCUGACCAUCGGAUAUGUGUUAACAUAUGACUCUUCUGUUGUCCACGCUUGGGAUCAGGUGCCCUUUUUCCUGUUCAUAACCUUCUCUGUGUACACAAUGCUGCCUCUGGGAAUGCAAGCCUGUCUGAUUGUCAGCAUUAUAUCAGGAAUAUCCCACAUCAUUGUCAUUAGUAUCACAGUAGUACUGAGUUCUGGUUCCAAUGAUGCAAUUGCCUUUCAGCUUAUGGCCAAUGCUGUUAUUUUCCUUUGUGGAAAUCUCAUGGGGGCAUAUCACAAGUAUCACAUGCAGGAUGCUUCCAGGGAUUUGUACAGUUACACUGUAAAGUGUAUUCGCAUAAAGAUGAAACUUGAAUUGAAAAAGAGGCAGCAGGAGAGCCUUCUGCUGUCUGUGCUUCCUGUCUACAUCUCCAUGGAGAUGAAACUUGCUAUUCAGGAUAGACUUACUGAGACCAAUGACAACCGCCAACCAGACAAUAACUUUCAUAGCUUGUAUGUCAAGAGACACCAAAAUGUCAGUAUUCUGUAUGCUGACAUUGUAGGCUUCACUAGACUUGCCAGUGACUGCUCACCCAAGGAGCUUGUUGUCAUGUUGAAUGAACUCUUCGGAAAAUUUGACCAAAUUGCAAAGGAAAAUGAGUGCAUGAGGAUUAAGAUUUUGGGUGACUGUUACUAUUGUGUCUCUGGCCUUCCUGUGUCUUUACCCAACAAUGCCAAGAACUGUGUGAAGAUGGGUCUGGAUAUCUGUGAAGCAAUAAAGCAAGUAAGAGAAGCAACAGGAGCAGAUAUAAAUAUGAGAGUUGGAGUACAUUCUGGGAAUGUUCUUUGUGGUGUCAUUGGGCUAAGAAAAUGGCAGUUUGAUGUCUGGUCUCAUGAUGUCUCCUUAGCCAACCGCAUGGAAUCUGCUGGUCUACCUGGUCGUGUCCACAUUACUGAAGCAACACUGAAACACAUGAAUGGAGCCUAUGACGUGGAGGAGGGGCAUGGCGAGCUUAGAGAUCCAUAUCUUAAAGAAAUGAACAUUAAAACGUUUUUGGUCAUUGAUCCAAGGGCAAAGAACAGUCGUGUCAAAAACAAUCACCUUACCAGGCAUCGUGUCAAUGAUGGGAUAAAAGUGCGACCUUCUGUAAGGAUGACUCGGUAUCUUGAAUCUUGGGGUGCAGCCAGACCUUUCUCCCACUUUGACCAAACUGAUGCUUCUUCAACCGAAGUUCCUACCGUCAAUGGAAAACCUAAACCGGAAAUCCCACUGAAGGGAAUGGGAAGAACAGUAAAAACAGAAAGGAAUGUGUCUCAAAAGCGAAAUCAAGAGGAAGAACUUCAUGACAGGAUGAUGAAUACUAUUGAUGGCCUCAGUUCUGCAAAGCCAUGGUUUGGAAAGACUGAUGACUUCUAUGGAUUUUUGCUCUUUUUCACAGCAGAUGGAUUAGAAAAAGAGUACCGCACCUUCAGAAUUCCUUGCAUCCAGAGCUACUUCCUGUGUGCCAGCUUGAUAUUCUUGUGCAUAUUCCUGAUCCAGAUUUUAGUGAUGCCCAGGAGUGCAAACUUAGGAAUUUCCUUUGGAGUGGUGUCAGUACUAAUCCUUUGGGUCUUGCUUAUUUGCUAUGUGGAUAAAUGUGCGCGAUUUUGUAAUGAGAAUGCUCCCUUCUCUCGUUUCUUGUGUUCCUUGGUGGAGAUGAUAGAAACUCGUCCUAGUCUGCGAGUUCCUCUUGUAGCUCUUACAUUAGGAUCCCUGCUGAUUAUCUCUAUAGUGAAUCUGCCUCUUGAUCAGACUCUCCAGACCUGCAAUACAUCAAGCAUUGCAACUGAAAGCCAAUGUCAGAGUAUUCCGUAUUAUGUAUACUGCUGUAUUUUGGGACUCGUUGCCUGCUCCAUGUUCCUGCGAAUGUGCUUCGAGUUGAAGAUACUUCUUUUGACAGCUGCAUUUACUGCAUAUAAUGUUAUUAUCUUUCACACUCAUUCCAGCAUAUUCAGGAGUAACCUGAACAGUUCCAUUGGUGUCCUGGAAGAUUUUCAAAAAAUGUCUUGCUUUUAUCUUUCUCUGUAUUAUUUAACCCUGGUUUUACUGGCAAGGCAGGUAGAAUAUUAUUCGAGGCUUGACUGCUUGUGGAAAAGGAAAUUUAGGAAAGAAGAUGAAGAAAUUGAAACAAUGGAAAAUCUGAACCAACUCCUCCUUGAAAAUGUUCUCCCAGCACAUGUAGCUGCCUAUUUUAUUGAUGACAACAGAUCCAAUGAGGACUUGUACCAUCAAUCAUAUGACUGUGUCUGUGUUAUGUUUGCAUCAGUCCCAGAGUUUAAGGUCUUUUACACAGAAUGUGAUGUCAACAAAGAAGGUCUUGAAUGUCUAAGGCUGUUGAAUGAGAUUAUUGCAGAUUUUGAUGAGCUACUGAUGAAACCCAAAUUCAGUGGGGUUGAGAAAAUUAAGACGAUAGGAAGCACUUAUAUGGCAGCUACUGGUCUAACGGCAACUCCUGGACAAGAAAAUCAGGAUCAGGAAAAGCAGCAUGCCCUGAUAGGAAUCACUGUAGAAUAUGCAAUGGCACUCAUGUCAAAACUGGAUGGUAUCAACAGACAUUCGUUUAACAAUUUCCGCUUACGUGUUGGGAUAAACCACGGACCUGUAAUUGCUGGAGUAAUUGGAGCAAAGAAGCCCCAGUAUGAUAUCUGGGGUAAUACUGUGAAUGUGGCCAGUCGAAUGGAGAGCACAGGGGAACUUGGAAAAAUUCAGGUAACAGAAGAAACCUGCCAGAUUUUGGAAGGUUUGGGAUAUUCCUGUGAGUGCAGAGGGUUUAUUAAUGUCAAAGGAAAAGGAGAAUUAAGGACAUAUUUUGUUUGUACGGACAUGGCCAAAUCUCAGAGCAUCGGAAUGAACUAACACCAGUCUCCUUGUUUAUUUGCUGCCUAGUUAUACAUGGAGUAGACAUUUUUUAUGCAUCUUGGAAAACCUCCUAUUCCAAUGGUACUUAAGAAGAGUAUUCUGACAUAGUGAGCUUGCGCUGUUCCACAGACAUGGAGUGAGGUUGUGGCACUGAUUUACUUUUUCUUUUACCAAGCAGACAGUAUUUUGUAAAAUUAAUGAUGCUCUGAUGUACAGAGUAGAGUUUUAAUAAUAAAAAAAGUUUAGAUUUUUAAGUUUAAAAUGUAAAUCCAGCAGUUACAGGGUUACAAAUAAAAAUGAUUAUGUGGCCACAGUGACACAAAAGUAUGAAGGAUGAACACUUUUUGUAGAUUCUGUGCCUUACAUACCAAGUGUGCCUUUAACUAUGGUAAAUAUUUAAAUGAAGGAAAAGUGUGAAACACAAUUGUAAAACUUUACUGCUCCUAUUUUACUUUACAACCAAAUGACAGGAAAUGUUGGUCUGUACACAACAUGAAUGGUGCACUGAUCAAAAUAAAAGUUUUGUCACUCUAAACGUUAAAUGGUACUGAAAGGCUAAUUUUCCCAUAUUUGUGUUCCCCGGUCAAAAAAAAAAAAAAAAAAAAGACAGCCUGUUUAAAGAAAAAAGUGACCGGGACCGGGGUUUAUUGCAUUAAAAAAAAAUGCUUAAACAUCAGUCAUUAAUAUUAUCUGUAUAUUCUCUUUAUACAGCAGUAAUUAAUAUUUGCAAUACCACCAAGUGUUUUUUUUUUCUUACAAGAAAGUUGUUUUUCUUAUCUCUUAAUUGUUUUAAGUGGUUUUCAUAAAAUAUUCUAGGUUAAGCAAAUAUAGUGUUUCCUAACUAGUGUGUCUUACACACUGGGAAAGAGUGUCCCCACUGUCCCUAUCCAAAUAGAAGAAUUACAUUUAACCUUUAAUAUAGCUUUAGGUAUAACAGGGCUGAAGGUUGUUUUCAGAGAAAAAACUUGGUGAUACAGAUGGAGCUACUAGUAGCAGCCACGUGUCGUGGCUACUAAAAUAGGCAAUGCUGAUCAUUUACUGAUAAUUGUCUCUAUGUGUGGUUUAGCAGAAAGUCAGUAGAAUGUCUGUGCAGUACAGCCCCACACAAAACAAAAAUACUCCAUAUAAAGGUGUACCAAGGACUGUCUUCAUCAAUAUUAAAACUAUUGCAUCCAAAUUCAUUCAGAUAACUUACUUGAUUAAAGCGUAUUAUAGAGUAAAAAGUUUGGAAUGGUAGGGUGCAGGCUCCAGAGGGAACAUGUACCUCUUUAUCACCUGUGUUCACUAAAACUACCAUUUUGAAAUAAUGCUAGUUUUAUUAAAAAUAUUAUGUCUAUGUCUUAAUUUGCUGUAUGUUGUUCUCAGCUGCUAUUGUAUUUGCCUUUUAACAUACUAUAGUCUACUGUAACUACCUUCUCACAAUUAAAGAGGAAAAACGGGUAUAGGAUCUACUAUCUGGAAUGUUGGGACCUAGAGUUUUCCAGAAAAGGGAUUUUUUCUGUAAUUUAGAGCUCUGUAACAAAAAAAAAGUCUACUAAAGGUCAUUUAAAACCAAUAGUAUUGUUUUGCCACCAAUAUAGAAUAGAAUAUUACAGAGAAUAAGGAAAUCAUUUUUAAAAAAUAGAAUUAUUUCAGACUGUAUGGGGGUGGCCAUUUGAGCGUUCUGGAUAAUAGGUUUCUGAAUAAGAAAAUAUACCCGUAUUAUGAAAACAAAUAUGUAAAAUCAUCAUUCCAUGGAAAUAAGGAUCUUUCAUAAUAGUUAAAAAUUCUGUACCCUUUUUUUUUUUUUCUCAAAAUAAACAAGCUAGUCUUCACCAUC